AUGGACAAACUCGUACAGAAGGCUGUUGAUGACCAGAGAGUGACAAUAUGGGUUAACACUACUCACGGGUCAACGGAAACGCUGUCCAACUAUCUACUGAAUGCUGGGUGGGGAGUUUCUGGGGGUUUGAUAUGCUUUGUUCAUGCAAAUGACACGGCUGCAAGACAGGCUGCUGAGACAAAGUCCAGUGUCCAAUCCGCAGAUUCAGUAACAUCGUACUCUGUCCUAUUUGAAACCUCGUCACUUCCGAAAACCAAAAUCCUACACACAAGUGCAUGCCUUCUAAUUCAGGAAGCACUCGCAGAUCCUCUCCUAAGCCGCUAUUCAGUCGUCAUCAUCGCCGAGUAUCAUUUACGGACCCUCGAAACGUUGAGUUACCCUAAAUGGACCACCUCGAGGAGAGAUGAUAUUCAUAUCCUCAUAGCUGGGGCAACCCAGGAAUCUCUCGAUGCUUUGUCAAUAUACCUGCCAGAUGCGAAAAUUCUAUCCCUAAAUACCUCGACUUACACUGUAGACUUACACAGUAUCCCCGUCAGCACUGACAAUUACAUUACAGCCGCACUAGAGACCGUUUUAAGUCUCUUUGCAACUCAUGAUCCAGGCAAUACCGUGGUAUUUUUGCCAAGUAGAGAAGGGUAUGAGUUAAAAAGGCGACUUGAAGACUCCUCGUGGUCCUCCAGCGGACCCCCGAAUUUGCGAUUGAUUAACUCUCUACCCGAACUUGAAAGGUUUGAGAGCGAUGUUAAAGGUACCGAAAGCACAAGUUAUGUCAUUAUUACAUCCCUUCGGGCGGGAUUGGUUGCCCGCUAUAUGCCGGUGGCUAUCGUCGUCGAUUCUGGGUUCCAGGAGCUGAGGUAUAGUCGCUAUGGUCUUGCGACCCUAGCUAGGACUCAACAGAUCAGCCAGGAAACUGCAAACCAGAGAACCCGAAUUGCGGGUCUUUCUACCCCAGGAAAGUGCUAUAGGUUAUAUCCCCAGGACCAAUUUGAUAACUUUCAGAAGACAGAGACACCAGAGAUUCAGAGAACCUGUUUGGAUCGCUCGAUUCUCCAACUAAAGUCUCUCGGGGUCGAUAAUAUCCUGCGUUUCGACUACUUGUCCCCCCCUUUGACUUCGAUGGUAGCUGAGGCCUUGGAUAGGCUCGUCGCAAUUGGUGCUAUGAAUGAAAGUGCAGAGUUGACAAACCCCUUUGGAGAGCGGUUGGCACAACUUCCUUUGAAGCUACUUCAUGGGGCUAUGCUGUUGAGGUCACUUGAAAGGGGCUGUUUUGACCAAAUAAUAUCUCUGAUCGCGGUGCGCUUAUCAAAGGGGGAGUUCUUUGACCAUGAAAAAAGCCGACUGUUCGUUACCCAGGAAGGCGAUGAUAUUACGUGGUUAAAUAUAUACGAGGGCUUCAUCAAAUCUGGGUCUGCGCCCGCGAGAGGGAAUUGGUGUCAAAAGCACGGGCUUAGCGAGCAGCGACUGCUUAAGGCAGUUGAUAUCAGAAACCAGCUACUCCGAAUCCUGCAACAUAGAGGGAUUAAGACGGCCAAGAGUGAACUUGCGACAUCAACAACAAUCACGCAGUGCAUUGCGGAUGUUUAUAAACAUAACUCCGCUUUCCGAGUUUCGAACGGCCUUUUCAGAACUACGAUAGGACAUCUGGAGGUCAGAAUACACCCAAGCUCAGUUUUAUAUAAUCGCAACCCGGAGUUUAUUGUAUUCGAAGAAGUUGUCGAGAAUGACGGGAAAUUGUUUGUUAAAGAUAUCACAGUUAUCCAAAGAGAUCGGAUCUCCGAGAGAUGA